AUGGCUGGAGUAUUGGAACGCGUGGACAUGGUCAAUUUCAUGUGUCACGAUCGUCUUACUAUCGAUCUGGGACCUCAAUUGAACUUUAUCAUCGGUCACAAUGGUAGUGGAAAAAGUGCAAUCUUGACCGCUAUCACGAUUGCAUUAGGUGCCAAAGCAUCUUCAACAUCCAGAGGAAGCUCAGUAAAGUCAUUCGUCAAGCAAGGCAAAUCCCAGGCUAUCAUCGAAGUGAGAAUCAAGAAUGCAGGUAUUGAUGCAUACCAGCAUGAUCGCUUUGGAGAUAGAAUCAUUGUUGAACGUGUCAUUCGAGCAGAUGGAGGUGGAGCAUGGAAGAUCAAAAAUUCAACCGGUCAUAUCGUCUCAACAAAGCGUGAAGAGCUUGACAAUAUUUGUGAUCAUUGUAACAUUCAAGUCGACAAUCCCUUGAACAUUCUCACGCAAGAUUCUGCUCGUCAAUUUUUGACUAGUUCUAGUCCAGCUACUAUGUAUGACUUCUUCCUGCGAGGUACGCAUUUGAGCCAACUCUCAAACGAAUACGACGUCAUCCAGUACAAUAUCGAUCGCAUUCACUCUUCCAUUCUGCAAAAGAGGGAAAGCGUUCGAGAGCUCCAUGCCACGGCGCAAGAAGGAGAAGAGCGUUACAAUAUCCUUAAGAAUGCACUUGAGCAACAACGAGGCUUAAAUGAUUUGAAGAAUGAAGUGGUCUGGUCACAAGUGCGAGAGAAAGAGGAAGAAAUGAAGGAGGCAGCUGUGGCGCUCGAACGAAGCAAAAUAAAAAAGGAAAGAGUUCAAGCUGAAGUGGCAGCAUGCGAGGAGAAGAUCAGAGCACACGAAGACGAGCUUGAGCGUCUGGAGCAACAAAUGAACAUUCAAAAAAACGAAGAUACACCUUUGCGAGAAGAGCGCUCUCAAUUGAAAACUACGAUAAGUGGAUUCACGACAGAUCUGCGCAGGUUGACAGACACUAUACAGGCGUUCAACGCACAAUUUUCUCGAGCAGAUGCACAAAUCAAAGAUACGACUGAUCGGAUCGAAAAAGAAGAGCGAGAUGCUGCAGGCGGGCGUGAUUCUAGAAGAAAUGCUUUGCUAGACCGCCGCAAACAGUUGGAGCUCGAGCGCAAAAAGAUUGAGAAACAAAUUGGGGAGCAUCAAGACCGUUUUCUAGAACUUGACGAUGAGAUAAACAGGGUCAGCCAUGAAAAGGGAGAGCAAGAAAAACUACGCGAUCAAACCCGGAAAACAAUUGGCACCUUGGAGUCCCACAUCAGAGAAUUGAAAUCGGCCAAAUUGAACCAUUUAGCAGCAUACGGUCCGAAUAUGCCCAAAUUGAUGGAUUUAGUCAGAGCAGAAACGAGAUGGCGUGGAAAAGUAGUCGGUCCCAUCGGCUCAAAAGUCAGACUUAGCAGGCAGAACCAGAAGUGGGCACAUGUCCUGGAAAGCGUGAUCGGAAACACUCUCAAUGCAUUCUGUGUGACCAAUCAUCACGAUAUGAAUCUGCUUCUGAGCCUCAAAGAGCGAGCAAAUUGCAGAGAGGUUACCAUCAUCACCGGAUCGGAGGAAAUGUUUGAUUUCACAUCCGGAGAACCAGAUGAAGACAUUUUGACCGUUUUGCGCGUGUUGGACAUCGAGGAUGAAUUCAUCAAACGUCAAUUGAUCAAUGCGAUUAGCGUUGAACGUUGCGCGUUAGUGGAAAAGCGUGUAGAUGGUGACCGUCUAUUGCGAAGUCGACCAAAAAAUGUAAGAAUGGCAUAUUCUUCCGAUCUCUUCCGCUUGCAAUUCAGCGAAGCGGGUAGCAGCACACAAACUCUUCAACCUUACAGAGGCCCACCACGUCUAUCUGCUGAUGUAGAUGAACAAUUGGCAAGAGCUACACGUCAGAAGCCCGAGCACGAGUUUGCACUACAGAACAUACAAAGGGAGAUUGAACGACUGAGGAACGAAUUGGUCCAAUUACAAGAGGAGAAACAAACCCUUCGCACUCGUCUUCCCGAAUUGAAAAGACAGGCGCAAAGCAAGCACAGUGAAGAAGAAAGAGUGGGAGAGGAUUUGCAUCAAGAUCAGCCUACAAAUAUUGCCGCAUUGAGAGAGGCACUGGUCGAAUUCGAAAGAUCACGCGAGGAGAUCAAUGAAAGAUUCAAUGUCUGCUUUGAGGAAAGAAGAGAAAUGGAAGAGAAGAUUGCUCCUUUCUUGAAGCGAAGGAAGGAAGUCGAACAAAUUCUAAGGACCAGAGAAGCAGAACGAGAAACUGAAGAUCCAAAGAUGCAUGAUGCUGCAGAGAAUAGGAUGAAGGAGAACAACAACCACAUGCACUACCUUAAAAAGCUUGGUGAAAGUGAUGCAAAGGUACGAGAUCGUGAAAAACACCUGAAUAUCCUUGAACGUCAAUACAAGCAAUAUCUAGAUGAUGCAAGAAAAUUCUGUCCUCAAGUAGAACUUCGAAAGAAGCCAGACACAGAUGAAUUCUUGACCACAGAAGAGUACAACAAAUUGAUCGCAGCAACAGAAGCCAAAGUCAAACGUGCGGCACAGCAAGAAGGCAAUGACAUCGAAGCAAUCGCAAGGGAAGUUCGACAACGUCAAGGUGCAUAUGCAAACGCAAUGGAGGAAAUGAAAGCUUUCCAGGCAACGCGUAAACUUUUGAAAGAUGCAUUGGCGAUUCGUGUUUCGAAAUGGUUCCAUUUCCGUCGUCAUAUCGCUUUGAGAUCCAAGAAUAAUUUCAGUCAUUAUUUGUCGAUUCGAAAAUAUGAAGGUACUUUGAAAUUCAAACAUGAACAAGGUCGAUUGUCAUUAAGUGUCAAAACUGAUGCAGCUCUCGGAUCAGAAGGCGAUAAAGAUCCACGAUCAUUGUCAGGUGGUGAAAAGUCAUACAGUACAAUUUGUCUUUUGCUUUCUCUCUGGGAUGCAAUCGGAAGUCCGAUCCGUUGCUUGGACGAAUACGAUGUUUUCAUGGACGCCGUUAAUCGACGUGUCUCCACAAAGUUGAUCGCCGAUGCAGCAAAGAAGAGCGUUGGUGUACAAUAUAUUCUCAUUUCGCCCAAUAGCAUGCAACAUGCUGCUUUGGGACCUGAAGUUCGCAUUCAUCGUUUGCAAGAUCCAGAACGCGGUCAAACUACUCUUUGA